AUGAAAUCAAAGUUUGAGUUAACCCCUAGUGUAAAUAAGCCAGUUGGGGGAGUGUUUAUUUUCAGGGAGAGACUGGCUCUGAUGGGAUUGGACAGGUUCCCCUAGGGUUCCCCUAGCUUCACUCUCAUCUACUGGAGGCCACAAUCAGACCUGGUUUCAAAUCAUAUUUGAAUUAUUGCCAAUACUUUAGCUGUGCUUGAUCGAGCUUGGUUGGCACGAUGGAACCAAAGCAAUAGUCCCAUACGCCCAUUUCGCACUUUAGCCAGACUUAAGGAAACGCUCAAAGUUUAUGAAUGAUUUUAAAUAGUAUUUGAACCCAGGAUCUUCUCCAUUCCCCCCUUCUCCCCUGAAAUAAAGUAUGAUGGAUCAGAAAGGGAGAGGAUUAUUUUUUCUCACAUUAGAAUUGAUGCACGACCCACGUGGAGUUCCAGGUCUCCGGCAGCCUCUGGAACUGCCGUUCUGCGGCCAACAAGGCAGAGUUCAUCUCAGCCUAUGCUACCCUCCAGUCCCUCGACUUCUUGGCGCUGACGGAAACAUGGAUUACCACAGAAAACACUGCUACUCCUACUGCUCUUUCCUCGUCUGGUCGCGGCGGUGGCACAGGAAUCUCAUCUCUCCCAAGUGGACAUUCUCUCUUUUUCCCCCUGACCCAUCUGUCUAUCUCCUCAUUUGAAUUCCAUGCUGUCACAGUCACUAGCCCAUUCAAGCUUAACAUCCUUGUCAUUUAUCGCCCUCCAGGUUCCCUUGGAGAGUUCAUCAAUGAGCUUGACGCCUUGAUAAGUUCCUUUCCUGAGGAUGGCUCACCCCUCACAGUUCUGGGUGACUUUAACCUCCCUACAUCUGCCUUUGACUAAUUUCUCUCUGCCUCCUUCUUUCCACUCCUUUCCUCUUUUGACCUCACCCUCUCACCGUCCCCCCCUACUCACAAGGCAGGCAAUACGCUUGACCUCAUCUUUACUAGAUGCUGUUCUUCUACUAAUCUCACUGCAACUCCCCUCCAAGUCUCCGACCACUACUUUGAAUCAUUUUCUCUCUCGCUCUCCUCCAACACUACUCACUCUGCCCCUACUCAGAUGGUAAUGUGCCGUCGCAACCUUCGCUCUCUCUCUCCCGCUACUCUCUCCUCUUCCAUCCUCUCUUCCAUCCUAUCAUCUCUUCCCUCUGCUAAAUCCUUCUCCCUCCGAUCUCCUGAUUCUGCCUCCUCAACCCUCCUCUCCUCCCUUUCUGCAUAUUUUUUUCUCUCUAUGUCCCCUAUCCUCCCGGCCGGCUCGGUCCUCCCCUCCUUCUCCUUGGCUUGACAACUCAUUGCGAGCUCACAGAACAGGGCUCCGGGCAGCCGAGCGGAAAUGGAGGAAAACUAGACUUCCUGCGGACCUGUCAUCUUUUCACUCCCUCCUCUCUACAUUUUCUUCCUCUGUUUCUGCUGCUAAAGCCACUUUCUACCACUCUAACCCUAGGAAGCUCUUUGCCACCUUCUCCUCCCUGCUGAAUCCUCCUCCUCCUCCCCCUCCCUCCUCCCUCUCUGUGGAUGACUUCGUCAACCAUUUUGAAAAGAAGGUUGACGACAUCCGAUCCUCAUUUAUUAAGUCAAAUGACACCGCUGGUCCUGCUCACACUGCCCUACCCUAUGCUUUGACUUCUUUCUCCCCUCUCUCUCCAGAUGAAAUCUUGCGACUUGUGACGGCCGGCUGCCGAACAACCUACCCGCUUGACCCUAUCCCCUCCUCUCUUCUCCAGACCAUCUCCGGUGACCUUCUCCCUUACCUCACCUCGCUCAUCAACUCAUCCUUGACCGCUGGCCAUGUCCCUUCCGUCUUCAAGAGAGUGAGAGUUGCACCCCUCCUCAAAAAACCUACACUCGAUCCCUCCGAUGUCAACAACUACAGACCGGUAUCCCUUCUUUGCCCAUGAUCUCGCCAUCACGGUUGACAACUUCAUUGUGUCCUCCUCCCAGAGUGCAAAUAACCUUGGCCUGACCCUGGACAACACCCUGUCGUUCUCCGCUAACAUCAAAGCAGUGACCCGAUCCUGCAGGUUCAUGCUCUACAACAUUCGGAGAGUACGACCCUACCUUACACAGAAAGCGGCACAGGUCCUAAUCCAGGCACUUGUCAUCUCCCGUCUGGAUUACUGCAACUCGCAGUUGGCUGGGCUCCCUGACUGUGCCAUUAAACCCCUACAAUUUAUCCAGAACGCUGCAGCCCGUCUGGUGUUCAAACUUUCCAAGUUCUCUCAUGUCACCCCGCGCCUCCUCACACUCCACUGGCUUCCAGUUGAAGCUCGCAUCUACUACAAAACCAUGGUGCUUGCCUACGGAGCUGUGAGGGGAACGGCACCUCCUUACCUUCAGGCUCUGAUCAGACCCUAUACCCAAAUGAGGGCACUACGUUCAUCCACCUCUGGCCUGCUAGCCCCCCUACCUCUACGGAAGCACAGUUCCCGCUCAGCCCAGUCAAAGCUAUUUGCUGCUCUGGCACCCCAAUGGUGGAACAAGCUCCCCCACGGAGACACUUGAAACCAUACCUCUUUAAGGAAUACCUGGAAUAGUAUAACAGUAAUCCUUCUUCCCCCACCCCCCCAUUAAAAAAAAAAAAAAAAAAAAAAGGGAGUGGUUGUCCCACUGGCUAUCCUUAAUGGAAUGCACCAAUUUGUAUGUCGCUCUGGAUAAGAGCGUCUGCUAAAUGAUGUAAAUGUAAAAUGUAAAAUGAGAAGAAAACAUCUUAUGUGGCCUGUGUAAACAUUAUGCCUCCCCUCCUCCCUCCCCCUCCUCCCUCCCCCUCCUCCCCUGUCCUGCCUUCCUUGGUCUGGUUAAUUUUAAGCAGUCUUGGGCCUAGAUUCAAUCGGUAUCACGGAAGAUCUGCGCUAUAGCGCAAUUAAAAUUUAGAGACAAUGUUUCUGCGUUCGCGGAGACUGCAUACACAGUAAACACUGCAUACUGUAUGUCGACUCAAUCAGAAAUUACCUUUGUAUUUCAAUCACGCUAUAACACGGAUCUUCUGCGAUACGGAUAUAAUCUAGGCCUUGGUCUCCUGGUUUCUUUGGUUGGAGUGCUCCGGUCUCCAUCUCUGGUUUGAAGCCUCAGUGAGCACCUUCCUUGUCCCUCUCUGUUCAUCCUCUCAUCUCCCUUUCCUGGUCCUGCUAGGUGGAGGAUCUUCGGCGGGACCUCCAGGAGGCAGAGGAUGAGCGUGAUACAGGGCGGAAAGAGCUGAUCGAGGCCCAAAGGGAGCUGAGGGAGGUGACUCAGGAGAGGGACAACCAGAGGAAGGAGGUGCUGGACCUCAGGAGGCUGCUGGGGAACGAGAGCAGAGACAAGGAGGCCAUACACACCUCCAACCAGGAGCUCAGAGCUGCAGUGAAGAGAGCAGAGAACGACAACAACAGGUACAGUCACUCACUGUCUCAUACAGACAACAGGUACACUCACUGUUCCAUACAGACAACAGGUACAGUACAGUCCCUAACUCUAACCCUCCAACGAGGAACUGAGAGCCUCUGUCAAGAGAACGACAACAACAGGUAGCAGUCCUUUACAGAUCCAUCAACCAAAAACAGGACUGUCUGAUGCUAUACAGACAACAAUGUGUGCAAAUGGGUCCAGGGCUUUAUUGGGUUUAUGAAGUGGAAAUGAUGUUGACACUAUGGAGUUUAAAGACAAAACUAAUUAGUGAUGCGCGGGUCAGCUGUUUGCUAAACCGCACCGUCCGCAAUUUGUAAUAACCAUCCGCAAUCACCGACUAAAUGUGAUGAAGUGAAAAUGUGUUAUAAAUAAUAUAUCUGUAAUUAGAUACAUGCAGCUUCUCUUCUGUCAUUACUUGUUGCCCUAGAAUACUUAAUAAUCCCCUGCUCACCAGAAUAAUGUCAUAAAUUGAUAGAAAAAAAAUAAAUAAAAAAAUGCCAUUUAGCUUUUAUCCAAAGCGACUUAUAGUCAUUAACUAAUGUUUAAUUAUAGUUGCCAUGGUGUCACGGUGUCAGUGUAAUGCGGUAGACGAAGUCAGGCGCAGGACACAGAACUCAAUGAAAACGUAACUUUACUGAAACACGUAAAGAAACAAGAAAACCUCCACGCAGGGGAGGAACAAACCCGCUCACUAACGACACCCGAAACAAUAAACAAACACGCACAGAACACAAUGGGAGCCACAGGGUUAAAUAGGGACGGAGUAAUUACAAGAUGGGAAACAGGUGUGAAACAAUCUGACAACAGGUAGAACAUAGAAACAUAGAUCGGCAGCAGGUAGUACUCCGGUGACGACGAACGCCGAAGCCUGCCCGAGCAAGGAGGAAGGGCAGCCUCGGCAGGAUCCGUGAUAGUACCCCUCCCCCCCGACGCGCGGCUCCAGACGUGCGUCGACACCGGCCUCGAGGACGGCCAGGAGGACGCGGCGCGGGGCGAGUGGGAUGAUUGCGGUGGAAAUCCCUCAACAUGGAGGGAUCGAGGAUGUCCCUCCUAGGAACCCGGCACCGUUCCUCCGGACCGUACCCCUCCCACUCCACGAGAUACUGCAGGCCCCCCACCCGACGCCUCGAAUCCAAUAUGGAACGAACCGAGUAAGCCGGUGCCCCCUCGAUGUCCAUUGGGGGCGGAGGAACCUCCUGUAUCUCAGACUCCUGGAGUGGACCAGCUACCACCGGCCUGAGGAGAGACACAUGGAACGAGGGGUUAAUACGAUAAUUAGUAGGAAGUUGUAACCUAUAACAUACCUCGUUCAAUCUCCUCAGGACUUUGAAUGGCCCCAUAAACCGCCGACCCAGCAUCCGGCAGGGCAGGCGAAGGGGCAGGUUUCGGGUCGAGAGCCAGACCCGGUCCCCCGGUGCAUACACCGGGGCCUCACUGCGGUGGCGGUCGGCGCUCACCUUUUGCCGCCUGAUGGCCUGCUGCAGACGUACAUGAGCAGCAUUCCAGGUCUCCUGCGAGUGCCGAAACCACUCGUCCACCGCAGGUGCCUCGAUCUGGCUCUGAUGCCAAGGUGCCAGAACCGGCUGAUAACCUAAUACACAUUGGAAUGGAGAAAGGUUAGUGGAGGAGUGGCGGAUGGAGUUCUGGGCUAUCUCUGCCCAGGGGAGGUAAACCGACCACUCCCCCCGCUGAUCCUGGCAAUACGACCUCAGAAACCUACCCACCUCCUGGUUGACUCUCUCCACCUGCCCGUUACUCUCGGGGUGAAACCUACCCACCUCCUGGUUGACUCUCUCCACCUGCCCGUUACUCUCGGGGUGAAACCUACCCACCUCCUGGUUGACUCUCUCUACCUGCCCGUUACUCUCGGGGUGAAAUCCUGAGGUCAGACUGACCGAGACUCCCAGACCUUCCAUGAACGCCCUCCAAACCCUUGAGGUGAACUGGGAACCCCGAUCAGACACUAUAUCCUCAGGUACCCCGUAGUGCCGGAAGACGUGUGUAAAUAGGGCCUCAGCCGUCUGUAGGGCCGUAGGGAGACCGGGCAGAGGAAUGAGGCAGCAGGACUUAGAAAACCGAUCCACAACGACCAGGAUCGUGGUGUUCCCUUGUGAGUGGGGAAGAUCCGUCACGAAGUCCACCGAUAGGUGGGACCAUGGUCGUUGUGGAAUGGGUAGAGGUUGCAAUUUCCCUCUGGGCAGGUGUCUAGGAGCCUUACACUGGGCGCACACCAAGCAGGAGGAAACAAACCCUCAUGUCCUUAGCUAAGGUGGGCCACCAGUACUUCCCACUAAGACAGUGCACUGUCUGACCUAUGCCAGGAUGCCCAGAGGAGGGUGACGUGUGAGCCCAAUAGAUCAAACGAUCGCGGACAUCCAGCGGUACGUACACACGACCCUCUGGACACUGGGGAGGAGUGGGUUCGUUACGCAACGCCCGCGCGAUCUCCGCGUCAACCUCCCACACCACCGGUGCCACCAGACACGACGCCGGAAGUAUGGGAGUGGGCUCCACGGAACUCCCCUCCGUGUCAUACAGUCGGGACAGAGCCUCUGCCUCAGCAUUCUGGGAACCUGACCUGUAAGAAAGGGUGAAAACGAAACGGGUGAGAAACAUGGACCACCUUGCCUGGCGAGGGUUUAAUCUCCUCGCUGCCCGGAUGUACUCCAGAUUGCGGUGGUCAGUCAAAAUGAGAAAAGGGUGUUUAGCCCCCUCAUGCCAAUGUCUCCACGCUUUCAGAGCUUUGACCACAGCCAACAGUUCCCGGUCCCCCACAUCAUAGUUGCGCUCCGCCGGGCUGAGCUUCUUCGAAAAGAAGGCACAGGGGCGGAGUUUAGGUGGCGUACCCGAGCGCUGAGACAGUAAAGCGCCUAUCCCAGCCUCGGACGCGUCCACCUCAACCGUGAAGGCUAAGGAGGGGUCCGGAUGAGCCAGCACUGGAGCCGAGGUAAACAGGUCCUUCAGACGACUAAAAGCCCUGUCCGCCUCAGCUGACCACCGCAGACGCACCAGCCCCCCCUUCAGCAACGAGGUAAUGGGAGCUGCUACCUGACCAAAGCCCUGGAUAAAUCUCCGGUAGUAAUUAGCAAAACCCCAAAAUCGCUGCACCUCCUUUACCGUGGUUGAAGUCGCCCAAUUACGCACGGUCGAAAUGCGGUCCCUCUCCAUCCUCACCCCUGACGCGGACAUGUGGUACCCCAAGAAAAAGAUGGACUCCUGGAAGAACAGGCCGAAGCCUGCCCGAGCAAGGAGGAAGGGCAGCCUCGGCAGGAUCCGUGACACAUGGUAAAGUUAGUUUGCUCUUUCAUCUUUCAUCUCUGCUUCUCUCACGCAGCAAAGACGUUUAGGGACCGCGGAGAAAAUGCAAUAACUGUGAAAAAUGUCUAAAUUACAUCAGUUUGACCGGUUUUAAAGAAAUUAAAAGCUGUUAAAAUAUAACAUUAGACUACUGUUCUGACCCUCCCUUCUAUAACAUUAGACUACUGUUCUGACCCUCCCUUCUAUAACAUUAGACUACUGUUCUGACCCUCCCUUCUAUAACAUUAGACUACUGUUCUGACCCUCCCUUCCCAAACAUUAGACUACUGUUCUGACCCUCCCUUCUAUAACAUUAGACUACUGUUCUGACCCUCCCUUCUAUAACAUUAGACUACUGUUCUGACCCUCCCUUCUAUAACAUUAGACUACUGUUCUGACCCUCCCUUCCCAAACAUUAGACUACUGUUCUGACCCUCCCUUCUAUAACAUUAGACUACUGUUCUGACCCUCCCUUCUAUAACAUUAGACUACUGUUCUGACCCUCCCUUCUAUUUAUUGUCAACUCUCCAUUUCACAGCUUUUUCUCUUAUUGAAUUAAACUCCGACAUUGUCCUUUUUGCCUCAGUGGAUCAACGUGAACUUUUUCUGCCCAUGUUCCCAAAAGCGUUUGUCAGUUGGUGUGUAUUUGACACACUACAGUUAGACCUUAAAGCUGAGGCUACACAUUAACACCAGAUACAAAUAAUGAAAGAAAAAACCUAAAUGUAGCCUAUAAAUAUGAAUUGCACAAUAAUUAUAUAUUUCUGACAUAAGUAUGCAUUGUUUUCUCCUUAUUCAAUCCGCCCAGCACCCACCCACCCGCCCUUCAUCCACACAAUUUCUCAUGACCCUAAACCCACCAGUCCCGCGGAUAUAACCACGGGGACUGCGGGUUAUGACUCAACCCCGCGCGUCGCUAUUUGAAAUGUCACAAUACGUUUCUUUAAAUAUUUUAACAGUAAUUUACCUCCAUGUAUCUGCCUCCAUGUCUCCAUCAGUCUGCGGCGUAGCCUGGAGGACAAGGAGCAGAAGGUGGUAGUCCUGGAGGUGUGUAAGACCUCCCAGCAGCAGGAAGUGUCCAAGCUGAGGAGCACCAUGAGAGAGCUGGAGAAGUCCCGACUGCAGGCACGCAGAGAGCUGCAGGAGCUACGCAGACAGGUGGGGCUUCAUCUUGUUGUUGUUGUUGUUGUUGUUGUUGUUGUUGUUGUUGUUGUUGUUGUUCUUCUUCUUCUUCUUCUUAUUCUUCUUCUUCUUCUUCUUUAUUCUUCUUCUUCUUCUUCUUUCGUCGUCUUCUUAUUCUUCUUCUGUCUUCUUCUUCUUCUUCUUCUUCUUCUUCUUCUUCUUCUUCUUCGUCUUCUUUCUAAUCAGUCUCUAUCUCUACCUUCUUUUAGGUGAAGAUCCUAGAGAGGGAGGCUGCCCAACAGAUGGAGGAGCUGGGAGAGCUGCAGGCCAGGGUGUGUCAGGAGGAGGUGAAGGAGGAGGAGGCGAGGAGGGAGGCCUUCAGUCUUAAACAGAGAGUCCUGGAGAGCGAGGCGGGCAGGGAGGCGGCCAUCAAGGAGGUAAGUUACCAUAGGAGGCCCACAGGGCAGGGGGGAGGGGGACAGGGAGGGGGACAGGGAGACAGACAGGGAGGGGGACAGGGAGACGGACAGGGAGGGGGACAGGGAGGGGGACAGGGAGGCUGGCAUAGAGGCCGGCAGGGAGGCUGCCAUCCUUGAUGAAAACCUGCUCCAGAGCGCUCAGGACCUCAGCCUGGGGCGAAGGUUCACCUGCCAACAGGACAACGACCCUAAGCACACAGCCAAGACAACGCAGGAGUGGCUUCGGGACAAAUAUCUGAAUGUCCUUGAGUGGCCCAGCCAGAGGCCGGACUUGAACCAGAUCGAACAUCUCUGGAGAGACCUGAAAAUAGCUGUGCAGCGACGCUCCCCAUCCAACCUGACAGCGCUUGAGAGGAUAUGCAGAGAAGAAUGGGAGAAACUCCCAAAAUACAGGUGUGCCAAGCUUGUAGCGUCAUACCCAAGAAGACUCAAGGCUGUAAUCGCUGCCAAAGGUGCUUCAACAAAGUACUGAGUAAAGGGUCUGAAUACUUAUGUAAAUGUGAUAUUUCAGUUUUUUUUAUCUGUAAUACAUUUGAUAAAAUUUCUAAAAACCUGUUUAUGAUUUGUCAUUAUGGGGUAUUGUGGGUAGUUUGAUGAGGGGGGGGGGAAAAACGAUUGAAUACAUUUUAGAAUAAGGCUGUAACGUAACAAAAUGUGGACAGGGUCUGAAUACUUUCUGAAUGCACUGUAUGCAACAUACAGGAAGUAAUCCGCUAUACAGCGUGGAUAAUAACAUGCUACAGAAAACAUCACCUCCAGUCACACCUAUCUGCAGAAAACAUCACCUCCAGUCACACCUAUCUGCAGAAAACAUCACCUCCAGUCACACCUAUCCGCAGAAAACAUCACCUCCAGUCACACCUAUCCGCAGAAAACAUCACCUCCAGUCACACCUAUCCGCAGAAAACAUCACCUCCAGUCACACCUAUCCGCAGAAAAACAUCACCUCCAGUCACACCUAUCUGCAGAAAACAUCACCUCCAGUCACACCUAUCUGCAGAAAACAUCACCUCCAGUCACACCUAUCCGCAGAAAACAUCACCUCCAGUCACACCUAUCUGCAGAAAACAUCACCUCCAGUCACACCUAUCUGCAGAAAACAUCACCUCCAGUCACACCUAUCUGCAGAAAACAUCACCUCCAGUCACACCUAUCUGCAGAAAACAUCACCUCCAGUCACACCUAUCUGCAGAAACAUCACCUCCAGUCACACCUAUCUGCAGAAAACAUCACCUCCAGUCACACCUAUCUGCAGAAAACAUCACCUCCAGUCACACCUAUCUGCAGAAAACAUCACCUCCAGUCACACCUAUCCGCAGAAAACAUCACCUCCAGUCACACCUAUCCGCAGAAAACAUCACCUCCAGUCACACCUAUCCGCAGAAAACAUCACCUCCAGUCACACCUAUCUGCAGAAAACAUCACCUCCAGUCACACCUAUCUGCAGAAAACAUCACCUCCAGUCACACCUAUCCGCAGAAAACAUCACCUCCAGUCACACCUAUCUGCAGAAAACAUCACCUCCAGUCACACCUAUCUGCAGAAAACAUCACCUCCAGUCACACCUAUCUGCAGAAAAACAUCACCUCCAGUCACACCUAUCUGCAGAAAACAUCACCUCCAGUCACACCUAUCUGCAGAAAAACAUCACCUCCAGUCACACCUAUCUGCAGAAAACAUCACCUCCAGUCACACCUAUCUGCAGAAAACAUCACCUCCAGUCACACCUAUCUGCAGAAAACAUCACCUCCAGUCACACCUAUCCGCAGAAAAAACAUCACCUCCAGUCACACCUAUCCGCAGAAAACAUCACCUCCAGUCACACCUAUCUGCAGAAAACAUCACCUCCAGUCACACCUAUCACGCAGAAAACAUCACCUCCAAUCACACCUAUCCGCAGAAAACAUCACCUCCAGUCACACCUAUCUGCAGAAAAACAUCACCUCCAGUCACACCUAUCUGCAGAAAACAUCACCUCCAGUCACACCUAUCUGCAGAAAACAUCACCUCCAGUCACACCUAUCUGCAGAAAACAUCACCUCCAGUCACACCUAUCUGCAGAAAACAUCACCUCCAGUCACACCUAUCUGCAGAAAACAUCACCUCCAGUCACACCUAUCUGCAGAAAACAUCACCUCCAGUCACACCUAUCCGCAAGAAAACAUCACCUCCAGUCACACCUAUCCGCAGAAAACAUCACCUCCAGUCACACCUAUCCGCAGAAAACAUCACCUCCAGUCACACCUAUCUGCAGAAAACAUCACCUCCAGUCACACCUAUCUGCAGAAAAACUCACCUCCAGUCACACCUAUCCGCAGAAAAUAUCACCUCCAGUCACACCUAUCUGCAGAAAACAUCACCUCCAGUCACACCUAUCUGCAGAAAACAUCACCUCCAGUCACACCUAUCUGCAGAAAACAUCACCUCCAGUCACACCUAUCUGCAGAAAAACAUCACCUCCAGUCACACCUAUCUGCAGAAAACAUCACCUCCAGUCACACCUAUCUGCAGAAAACAUCACCUCCAGUCACACCUAUCUGCAGAAAACAUCACCUCCAGUCACACCUAUCUGCAGAAAACAUCACCUCCAGUCACACCUAUCUGCAGAAAACAUCACCUCCAGUCACACCUAUCCGCAGAAAACAUCACCUCCAGUCACACCUAUCUGCAGAAAACAUCACCUCCAGUCACACCUAUCUGCAGAAAACAUCACCUCCAGUCACACCUAUCCGCAGAAAACAUCACCUCCAGUCACACCUAUCUGCAGAAAAACAUCACCUCCAGUCACACCUAUCUGCAGAAAACAUCACCUCCAGUCACACCUAUCUGCAGAAAACAUCACCUCCAGUCACACCUAUCUGCAGAAAAACAUCACCUCCAGUCACACCUAUCUGCAGAAAAACAUCACCUCCAGUCACACCUAUCUGCAGAAAAACAUCACCUCCAGUCACACCUAUCUGCAGAAAACAUCACCUCCAGUCACACCUAUCUGCAGAAAACAUCACCUCCAGUCACACCUAUCUGCAGAAAACAUCACCUCCAGUCACACCUAUCCGCAGAAAACAUCACCUCCAGUCACACCUAUCCGCAGAAAACAUCACCUCCAGUCACACCUAUCGCAGGAAACAUCACCUCCAGUCCACCCUAUCCGCAGAAAGAAGAAACAUCACUCCAGUCACACCUAUCUGCAGAAAAACAUCACCUCCAGUCACAUCUAUCUGCAGAAAACAUCACCUCCAGUCACACCUAUCUGCAGAAAACAUCACCUCCAGUCACACCUAUCUGCAGAAAACAUCACCUCCAGUCACACCUAUCCGCCAGAAAACAUCACCUCCAGUCACACCUAUCCGCAGAAAAAAACAUCACCUCCAGUCACACCUAUCCGCAGAAAAACAUCACCUCCAGUCACACCUAUCGCCAGAAAACAUCACCUCCAGUCACACCUAUCUGCAGAGAAAACAUCACCUCCCAGUCACACCUAUCUGCAGAAAACAUCACUCCAGUCACACCUAUCCGCGAGAAAAACAUCACCUCCAGUCACACCUAUCUGCAGAAAACAUCACCUCCAGUCACACCUAUCUGCAGAAAACAUCACCUCCAGUCACACCUAUCUGCAGAAAACAUCACCUCCAGUCACACCUAUCUGCAGGAAAACAUCACCUCCAGUCACACCUAUCUGCAGAAAACAUCACCUCCAGUCACACCUAUCUGCAGAAAACAUCACCUCCAGUCACACCUAUCUGCAGAAAAACAUCACCUCCAGUCACACCUAUCUGCAGAAAACAUCACCCUCCAGGUCACCACCUAUCCGCAGAAACACAUCACCUCCAGUCCACACCUAUCUACAGAAAACAUCACCUCCAGUCACACCUAUCCGCAGGAAAACAUCACCUCCAGUCACACCUAUCUGCAGAAAACAUCACCUCCAGUCACACCUAUCUGCAGAAAAAACAUCACCUUCCAGUCACACCUAUCCGCAGAAAAAUCACCUCCAGUCAACCUAUCUGCAGAAAAACAUCACCUCCCAGUCACACCUAUCUGCAGAAAACAUCACCUCCAGUCACACCUAUCUUGCAGAAAACAUCACCUCCAGUUCACACCUAUCUGCAGAAAACAUCACCUCCAGUCACACCUAUCCGCAGAAAACAUCACCUCCAGUCACACCUAUCUGCAGAAAACAUCACCUCCAGUCACACCUAUCUGCAGAAAACCUGCAGUGCUUACAGUAUGGGGAGGAUGGGCCGAGGAUGUUCUACUGAAUAACCCCUUGACAUUUUGGUUGUGUUUACAAAGUGGGAUUAAAAUGGAUUUCAUUUUUUACAUUUUUUUUUUCAAUCAAUGAUCUACACAAACUACUCUGUAAUGUCAAAGUGGAAGAAAAAUUCUAACAUUUCAAAAAAUAUAUACAGUACCAGUCAAAAGUUUGGACGCACCUACUCAUUCCAGGGUUUUUCUUUAUUUUUUACUAUUUUCUACGUUUGUAGAAUAAUAGUGAAGACGUCAAAACUAUGAAAUAACACAUAUGGAAUCAUGUAGUAACCAAAAAAGUGUUAAAUAAAUAAAAAUACAUUUUAUAUUUGAGAUUCUUCAAGUAGCCACCCUUUGCCUUGAUGACAGCUUUGCACACUCUGUCGAUGUGCCCUUGAGCAAGGCACUUAACCCUAAUUGCUCCUGUAAGUCGCUCUGGAUAAGAGCGUCUGCUAAAUGACAAAACAAAUAAAAAUAAAAUAAAAAUAUGUUAGAAUCAACUUUGGCAGCGAUUACAGCUGUGAGUCUUCCUGGGUAAGUCUCUAAGAGCUUUCCACACCUGGAUUGUGCAACAUUUGCCCAUGAUUCUUUUCAAAAUUCUUCAAGCUUUGUGAAAUUGGUUGUCAAUAGAUUUUCAAGUAGAUUUAAGUCAAAACUGUAACUCGGCCACUCAGGAACAUUCACUGUCUUCUUGGUAAGCAACUCCAGUGUAAAUUUGGCCUUGUGUUUUAGGUUAUUGUCCUGCUGAAAGAUACAUUAAUCUUCCAGUGUCUGUUGGAAAGCAGACUGAACCAGGUUUUCCUUUAGGAUUUUGCCUGUGCUUAGUUCCACUCCGUUUAUUUUUUAUCCUGAAAAACUCCCCAGUCCUUAAUGAUUACAAACAUACCCAUAACAUGAUGCAGCCACCUCUAUGCUAGAAAAUAUAGAGAGUGGUACUCAGUAAUGUGUUGUAUUGGAUUUGCCCCAAAUAUAAUACGUUGUAUUCAGGACAAAAGGUAAAUUGCAUUGCCACAUUGUUUGCAGUAUUACUUUUGUGCCUUUUGGAAUAUUUGUAUUCUGUACAGGCUUCCUUCUUUUCACUCUGUCAUUUAGGUUAGUAUUGUGUAGUAACUACAAUGUUGUUGAUCCAUCCUCAGUUAUCUCCCAUCACAGCUAUUAAACUAUGUAACUGUUUUAAAGUCACCAUUGGCCUCAUCGUGGAAUCCCUGAGCGGUUUCCUUCCUCUCUGGCAACUGAGUUAGGAAGGACACCUGUAUCUUUGUAGUAACUGGGUGUAUUGAUACACCAUCCAAAGUGUAAUUAAUAACUUCACCAUGCUCAAAGGGAUAUUCAAUGUCUGCUUUUUUAACAUUUAUUUUUACCCAUCUAGCAAAAGGAGCUCUUUGCGAGGCAUUGGAAAACCUCUUUGGUUUUAUUGUCAAAUCUGUGUUUAAAAUUCACUGCUCGAAUAAGGGAUCUUACAGAUAAUUGAAUGUGUGGGGUACAGAGAUGAGGUAGUCAUUUAAAAAUCAUGUUAAACACUAUUAUUUAAAUCAUGUUAAACACUAUUAUUGCCCACAGAGUGAGUCCAUGCAACUUAUUAUGUGACUUGUUAAGCACAUUUUUACUCCUGAACUUAUUUAGGCUUGCCAUAAUGAAGGGGUUGUGUACUUAUUGACUUAUUUCAGUUUUUUACAGCUUUUCAUAUUUAAUUAAUUUGUAAAAAUUUUGAAAAAUACAAUUCCACUUUGUCAUUUUGGGGUAUUGUGUGUAGGCCAGUGACAAAAAGUCUCAGUUUAAUCAAUUUUUAAUUCAGGCUGUAACACAACAAAAUGUGGAAAAGGUCAAGGGGUGUGAACACUUUCUGAAAGGCUCUGUCCAACAUAUUACAUCUCUAUUUGGCCCUGGGGAUUAGUGUACUGACACUUCAUCUUGGAUUGGUACAUAUCUGUAAAUAACAAACUGCCCAAUUGUUACAUUUUUACAGAUGCUCUUAUCCAGAGCAACAUACAGGAGCAGUUAGGGUUAAGUGCCUUGCUCAAGGGCACAUCGACAAAUGUUUUUCACCUAGUCGGCUCAGGGAUUCAAACCAGUAACCUUUUGGUUACUGACCCAACACGCUUAACCGCUAGGCUACCUGCCAUCUGUUAUCGGGGCAAAUUAGGGUAUUAAAAGGGUGCAAGUCUUCAACUUGUGUUGGACAUCAUGGCGUUAGAUAAUGGGGAUCCUGAUAAAAUUUAAAAACUCUAAUUUAAAAUUCAAAUAAAAUGUAAAAUUCAAAAGCCUUUCCUCUUUUAAUUAAAUCACAAUUCAAAUCACAAGGUAUUUAAAGAUUUAGACAAUGUCUCAAAAUACUGUACAAAGAGAAUACAAAAUAAAUAAAAACAAGAUCCUUCCCAUAAUGCCCCUCUCCUCUCUCCAUUUCCUGUUUCUCUCCUUCAGGUCUGCGGGCUGCAGCGUCGUGUUGUGGAGCUGGAGGAUGCGGCGCGUCAGAUGAGGGAGGUGCUAGCGGAGAGAGAGGCGGGACUUCAACAGAGUCUCCUCCUCCACGGCGAAGAGACCUCAAAAUUAGUGGUAGCUCUAGAGGAGCAGGCUACUCAGGUAAAGACACGUAUUACUAAGAUGGUGAGUUAGCAUUUCCCAUAGGAAUACAUGUCACAUGCUAUCACGCUAACUAUAGCUUGGCGCAGUUGUAUACUAGAUAGCUACGAUACACAUGAUGAAGAGCAACAGCCUUAGUCAAGUAUCUGCAGAUGUGCACUGGGGUUUCCCCCACUCUAAAAAUGGUAUAUUCCUCACGACGAUAUGUCAUUGGGUUUAUUGAAAGCAUGUGUCUGUUGUGUCUCCCGUGUGGCGCAGUGGUCUAAGGCACUGCAUUGCAGCGCUAGCUGUGCCACUAGAGAUCCUGGUUCAAAUCCAGGCUCUGUUGUAGCAGGCUGCGACCGGGAGACCCAUGGGGCGGUGCACAAUUGACCCAGGGUAGGGGAGGGAAUGGCCAGCAGGGAUGUAGAGCAUGGUGUUUGCAACGCCCAGGGUUGUGGGUUCGAUUCCCACAGGGGGCCAGUAUAAAAAAAUAAAUAAUGUAUGCACUCACUAACUGUAAGUCGCUCUGGAUAAGAGCGUCUGCUAAAUGACUAAAAUGUAAAUGUUCAGUUCAAUGAAAUAUGACCCUAUCUACACGUUUGAUCUAUACUAGUUCUAUGGUCUCGCCCAUCAACCCACAGCAGCUGAUCUCGAAGUACACAAUGCAACACUGUUUAUUUUUUUGUGUGACCGCUAAUGCUAACGACAGAACCCUCUUGGUUCCCCAACCCUUCCCCAGGUCGGGGAGCUCACCCUGCAUGUUAGCUUGGCAGAGGGCCGCGCUCAGGCGCUGGAGGAGCAGCUAGGAGACGGGGAUGCCCAACGCAGGGAGCUGGAGCACAGGCUGGUCGGGCUGACCUCUGCCCUGAGACGAACCCUCGGGGUAGGCCGCACCGGACAGUCACAGACCCCUGGGUCCAGAGGACGCAGCCCCUCCCCCUGGAGAAGUCGCUCACCUGUGAAAGGUGUGAUGGCCACUCACUAAUGCCGUAGAACAGACCAACACUCUUUGAAACGACUGACAAUGACAAUGAUUCUGGUCUUAAGCUAACGUAACAUAAAAUAAUAAUGUUAAAAAAAGAAAUAGGUGUCUCAGUGAGUUGGUCUUGUUUCUCUAUCUGUAAUAGGUGAAACCAGCGGAUCAACAGGAGGUCCUGCAUCGUCCCCGUCCCGUAGCGAUGAGGGGGAGCUGGAUGUGGAGGUGGUGCAGAACGCCCUCAGGGACUUCCACCAGGAACUUAGAGACACGAAGAGAGACAGGGUACUGUACAUGUGCAGCUCCAGCAUCACUCAGUACUUUUAAGGCUAACAGAAGAUGCAUGUCCUUUCACUGUCUACAAUGUCGAGAGACUUGCAGUCCUCAGUACUGAUAGAGCGUUAUCCAGUCCCUCCAGGAUUCCGCAAUCACAAUCCAUUUUUUUUUUGCAAAAUCAACAAUCCCUGCAUAUUAUGCGAGGAUUGCAAAUUUGACCAAUCAUCAUUUCCGCAUAAAACAGUCAAAUCAUCGCGAUAUUGUCGCAGAAAUAAUUUUCUGUAAACGCUUUCAUAGAAACCAUAGGCUGCUUUUUGAGUCUACUUCGUGAUCAUGUUGUUUUUUGAGUGACUGAGGGUUCGGUUCCUGUCACCCUGCAGGAUGAAGCUAAGGCCCAGGUGACCAGUCUGACCCGGCAGGUGGCUGAGCUACAGAACAGCCAGGACAAGUCAGGCACCAGGCUGCAGCAGCUGACCAAAGCCCUGAAGGAACUGGAGGAGGGUGAGAGAGAGCAGGGCCUGUUACGGUCCACAUUUUUGAGGACUGAAAGUACCGUGUUCAAGUUCAAGCUGAAGUUUAUUUACAUCCACAUAGCUUUCAAUACAAAACUGAAAUCCAUGAGCAUAGGGUUAAGUGCCUUGCUCAAGGGCACAUCAACAGAUUUUUCCAACUAGUCGGCUCGGGGAUUAGAACCAGCGACCUUUCGGUUACUGGCACAACGCUCUUACCCACUAAGAUACGCCUAUGCCAUUGGUAUGCUCAUGUCCCCGAGCCGACUAGGUGAAAAAUCUGUUGAUGUGCCCUUGAGCAAGGCACUUAACCCUAAUUGCGCCUGUAAGUCGCUCUGGAUCAGAGCAUCUGCUAAAUUGACUAAAAUGUAAAUAGAUGUUCCUAAAUUGUUAAAGGAGACUAUGUUUGUAUUGUGUGGUGGGUCGUCUCUGUGUGUUGUCCAGGGAAGAGAGAGGUGUCGGAGCAGCUGUACGGGGCUCAGACCUCCCUCUCCCUGCAGGAGGAAGUGACACGGCGAGGGGACAGGGACAGGAAGAGCUUGGCAGAGGAAGUAGCUAAACUCAAGACCAGUCUGCAGACCGCUGAUGCUGAUAGUAGGGCACUGCAGGUACUGUUGGCUGAGAGUGAUCAAACCUAACGCUGUUUAAUAUUCUGUGUUCCCCUUUGAAUAUGUAUUGACUGACCAUGGAUGGGGGUGGUCUGGAGGCACAACGUGACAAAUGUUACAUUUCAUUGAUUGGUUGAUUGAUUGAUUGAAUGACUUACUGAUUGACUGACUGACUGACUGGAUGGCUGACUGACUGAUUGACUGGCUGAUUGACUGGCUGGCUGAUGCCCAGGAGAAGCUGGAUCGUUCUCGGGAUGGGGAGGCUCGCUGUGAGGGAGAGCGUCGGAGGCUGAAGGAGGCCCUGGAGACAGCGGAAAGCCGGGCGUCUCGUCUGGAGCUCACCCAGAAGACCCUAGAGGGAGAGCUGCAGCGGGCCCAGCGGAGAGCAGCCGAGCUGGAAGGAGAGGUGACAGCCCUGGGCGAGAGGUAAUUGUUUUCCUGUAUUUAUAUUAUAUUUAUGAGAUAGUUAUCACUAUCAGUGAAUCCUGUCAGCCACAACAAGAGGACCACAAUUGAAUUGAAGUUGUUAAUAAAUCCAAUUUUUUGUCAUUUAGCAGAUGCUCUAAUCCAGAGCGAUUUACAGGAGCAAUUAGGGUUAAGUGCCUUGCUCAAGGAAACAUCGACAGAUUUUCACCUAGUCGGCUCGGGGAUUGGAACCAGCGACCUUUCGGUUACUGGCACAACACUCUUAACCACUAAGCUACCUGCCACUAAGUCCCCUAUUUAGUUAUACACUGCUCAAAAAAAUAAAGGGAACACUUAAACAACACAAUGUAACUCCAAGUCAAUCACACUUCUGUGAAAUCAAACUCCACUUAGGAAGCAACACUGAUUGACAAUACAUUUCACAUGCUGUUGUGCAAAUGGAAUAGACAACAGGUGGAAAUUAUAGGCAAUUAGCAAGACACCCCCAAUAAAGAAGUGGUCCGGCAGGUGGUGACCACAGACCACUUCUCAGUUCCUAUGCUUCCUGGCUGAUGUUUUGGUCACUUUUGAAUGCUGGCGGUGCUUUCACUCUAGUGGUAGCAUGAGACGGAGUCUACAACCCACACAAGUGGCUCAGGUAGUGCAGCUCAUCCAGGAUGGCACAUCAAUGCGAGCUGUGGCAAGAAGGUUUGCUGUGUCUGUCAGCGUAGUGUCCAGAGCAUGGAGGCGCUACCAGGAGACAGGCCAGUACAUCAGGAGAUGUGGAGGAGGCCGUAGGAGGGCAACAACCCAGCAGCAGGACCGCUACCUCCGCCUUUGUGCAAGGAGGAGCAGGAGGAGCACUGCCAGAGCCCUGCAAAAUGACCUCAAAUGUGCAUGUGUCUGCUCAAACGGUCAGAAACAGACUCCAUGAGGGUGGUAUGAGGGCCCGACGUCCACAGGUGGGGGUUGUGCUUACAGCCCAACACCGUGCAGGACGUUUGGCAUUUGCCAGAGAACACCAAGAUUGGCAAAUUCGCCACUGGCGCCCUGUGCUCUUCACAGAUGAAAGCAGGUUCACACUGAGCACAUGUGACAGACGUGACAGAGUCUGGAGACGCCGUGGAGAACGUUCUGCUGCCUGCAACAUCCUCCAGCAUGACCGGUUUGGCGGUGGGUCAGUCAUGGUGUGGGGUGGGCAUUUCUUUGGGGGGGCCGCACAGCCCUCCAUGUCCUCGCCAGAGGUAGCCUGACUGCCAUUAUGUACCGAGAUGAGAUCCUCAGACCCCUUGUGAGACCAUAUGCUGGUGCGGUUGGCCCUGGGUUCCUCCUAAUGCAAGACAAUGCUAGACCUCAUGUGGCUGGAGUGUGUCAGCAGUUCCUGCAAGAGGAAGGCAUUGAUGCUAUGGACUGGCCCGCCCGUUCCCCAGACCUGAAUCCAAUUGAGCACAUCUGGGACAUCAUGUCUCGCUCCAUCCACCAACGCCACGUUGCACCACAGACUGUCCAGGAGUUGGCGGAUGCUUUAGUCCAGGUCUGGGAGGAGAUCCCUCAGGAGACCAUCCGCCACCUCAUCAGGAGCAUGCCCAGGCGUUGUAGGGAGGUCAUACAGGCAUGUGGAGGCCACACACACUACUGAGCCUCAUUUUGACUUGUUUUAAGGACAUUACAUCAAAGUUGGAUCAGCCUGUAGUGUGGGUUUAUACUUUAAUUUUGAGGGUGACUCCAAAUCCAGACCUCCAUGGGUUGAUACAUUUGAUUUCCAUUGAUCAUUUUUGUGUGAUUUUGUUGUCAGCACAUUCAACUAUGUAAAGAAAAAAGUAUUUAAUAAGAUUAUUUCAUUCAUUCAGAUCUAGGAUGUGUUGUUUCAGUGUUCCCUUUAUUUUUUUGAGCAGUGUAUGAAAGGGUGCCAAUAUUCUGCUGUCAUUAAGUAUGGUCAAAUUUAUUUUACACUUAUAAGAAAGGUGAAUAUUAUAAUAAGUCAUUUAUAAUUUGAUUGUUACUGUAUUUAAAAAGCAUUUUAGUAAUUUCAAGACCUUUUUCCCCACUUAUGUUGAAUUGGAACUACAUCAUAUGUGAUAUUUGAUAUUUGUACAAUGUACUUGUGGUUAUGUCCUCAAAAGUGUGACACCUCAGCAAUUUAUAACUAUUUCUAAUUGUGUAUAUGGCCCUCUCAUUAAAAAUAUUUUACUUUUGGGUAUGUCUAUUUACGGGGGAAAUCUACAUUUUGUUAUCCUCUGUCAUUUUAAAUGCAUUGUGUGUCGUUGGAUUGUGUUUUUUUAUUUUUUAUUGUGAAAUAAAUCAAAUCAAAUCAAAAGGCUAGCAGAGCUGAGGAGAGAGCUGGGGGAGACUGAGGACCGGGCGGCUGGGCUGAGGGUGAGCGAGGAGAGGCUGGCUAAGGCCCUGGCCUCGGCUGAGCUACAG